CUGCGCGGUAGAUUCUGCACGCGGGCUGAGCGCUAUCGCUCAUUGCAUUCAUUGUAAUUCGUGGCCUGUCUGACAAAAAUUAGACUCUAAACUUACAGUUUUCAUUAUUUAAUGCGCAGAAAUGUCCGAUUCACAUGAUGACAAGCUCUACAAAGCCGAAUAUGCGAAAAGUGGACGCGCCUCUUGCAAGAAAUGCAAAGAAAACAUUGCCAAGGACUCGCUGAGAAUGGCCAUUUUGGUCCAGUCUCCCAUGUUUGAUGGGAAAGUUCCUCACUGGCACCAUUUCUCCUGCUUUUGGCUCCGAGCGGCAGUACAAUCAACCGCUGACAUCUCGGGAUUUACUGACCUCCGCUGGGAUGACCAGGAUAAGGUCAAGAAGGCCAUUGAAACUGGUGGUGCUGUUGCAGGUAAAGGAGGGCAAAAGGGAGCUGCUAAAGGCGAGAAGACACGAAAUGACUUUGCAGUAGAGUACGCUAAAUCCAACAGAAGUACCUGCAAGGGGUGCAACGAAAAAAUUGAUAAGGAUCACAUCCGUGUGUCAAAAAAGGUUGUGGACGAAGAGAAACCUCAGCUGGGUCUGAUCGAUCGCUGGUACCACACCGGAUGCUUUGUGAGUCGCCGUGAGGAGCUGUUGUUUAAACCAGAGUACAGUGCCGCCCAACUCAAAGGCUUCGCAGCUCUGCGUGAUGAAGACAAAGAGGAGUUGAAGAAACGACUUCCUGCAGUGAAGAGCGAAGGGAAGAGAAAGGCAGAUGAUGUAGACGGUCAAUCGGUUUCUAAGAAGCAGAAGAAAGAAGAUGAGCAGCUUGAGUUGAAGCUGAAGGAGCAAAGUCAGCUGAUCUGGGGCAUUAAGGACAAGUUGAAGAAAUUCUGCUCUGUCAAUGACAUGAAAGAGCUGCUCAUCGCUAACCAUCAAGAAGUUCCUUCUGGGGAGUCAAAUAUAGUGGAUCGUCUUUCCGACUGCAUGGCUUUUGGCUCCCUAAAGCCUUGCGAGACAUGUGAAGGCCAGCUUGUGUUUAAGAGCGAUGCAUACUACUGCACCGGCGACAUCUCCGCAUGGACCAAGUGUGUAUUCAAGACCCAGACACCUGAUCGCAAAGACUGGGUCACUCCUAAGGAGUUUUGUGAGAUCCCCUUUCUGAAGAAGUUUAAGUUUAAAAGGCAGGAUCGCGUAUUUCCCAAAGAUGCCCCUCCAGCGACCCCCACACCCUCCACUGCUGCUGCAUUUGUUGCGAGCUCAGCCGUUUCCAGUGUGUCCACCGCUUCCAGCAAUAACCUCAGUGAGGUGCCUGCAGAUAAGCCUCUGACAGGGUUGAAGCUGAUGGCCGUGGGAAAACUCGGCAAGAACAAAGAUGACCUGAAGACUGCGGUGGAGGAACUUGGAGGAAAAAUUACAGGCUCUACCAACAAAGCUGCUCUGUGCAUUAGCAGCAAGAAGGAAAUUGAAAAAAUGACUAAGAAGAUGGAGGAGGUGAGGGACGCAGGUGUGCGUGUGGUGGCAGAGGGAUUCCUCACUGACAUUAAGGAGUCUGGCAAGGCCCUUCAGGAGCUCAUCUCCCUCCACGCCAUCUCCCCCUGGGGUGCUGAAGUUAAAGCCGAGGCCCAGACUUCAACUGCGGCCUCCAAAUCCACUGGAGCUCAUUCCUCAAAGAGCACCAGUAGAGUCAAAGAGGAAGCAGGUGGAAGCAAAUCAAAGACAAUGAAGCUGACAGUGAAAGGAGGAGCAGCAGUAGACCCAGAAUCAGGUCUGGAGAGCUGUGCUCAUGUUCUGGAUCAGAAUGGAAAGAUUUACAGCGCCACAUUGGGUCUUGUGGACAUCGUCAGAGGCACAAACUCGUACUACAAACUACAGCUGCUAGAGGAUGAUGUUCAGAAACGGUAUUGGGUGUUCAGGUCUUGGGGUCGAGUCGGCACGACCAUUGGGGGAAACAAAUUGGACAAGUUUUAUGACAAGAACUCCGCUAUGGACAACUUCUGCAGUGUAUAUGAAGAGAAAACGGGGAAUGCUUGGGCUUCCACCAACUUUAAUAAAUAUCCCAAUAAGUUUUACCCUCUUGAGAUUGACUACGGACAGGAUGAGGAGGCUGUAAGGAAGUUGACUGCAAGUGCAGGUGCGAACUCCCAGCUCGCCAAACCCGUCCAGGACCUCAUCAGAUUGAUCUUUGAUGUGGAGAGCAUGAAGAAAGCCAUGGUUGAGUUUGAGAUUGACCUUCAGAAGAUGCCUUUGGGUAAACUGAGUAAGAGACAGAUCCAGAGUGCCUAUUCCCUCCUGAGUGAAGUCCAACAGGCCGUGGCAGAUAGUUCUUCCGAAUCAAUGAUCUUAGAUCUGUCCAAUCGCUUCUACACACUGAUACCUCACGACUUCGGCAUGAAGAAACCACCUCUCUUGAGUAACCUGGACUAUAUACAGCAAAAGGUGCAGAUGCUGGACAACCUGUUGGACAUCGAAGUGGCUUACAGUCUGCUGCGGGGUGGAGUCGAGGACAAUAAGAAAGACCCGAUUGACAUUAAUUAUGAGAAACUCAAAACCAAAAUUGAGGUGGUUGAUAAGUCGUCACAUGAGGCUGAGAUUAUAUUGCAGUACGUGAAGAACACACACGCUGCUACUCAUAACAAUUACACCAUUGACGUUGAUGAGAUUUUCAAAAUCGAUAGGGAGGGUGAGUAUCAACGUUACCGCCCCUUUAAAGAGCUACCCAAUCGACAGCUGCUGUGGCACGGUUCCCGCACGACCAACUAUGCAGGUAUCCUAUCUCAGGGUCUACGCAUCGCCCCUCCUGAAGCUCCUGUGACAGGUUACAUGUUCGGCAAAGGUGUAUAUUUUGCCGACAUGGUGUCGAAGAGUGCAAACUACUGUCACACGUCCCAGGCUGAUCCAGUUGGUCUGAUUCUGUUAGGAGAGGUUGCACUUGGAAACAUGCAUGAACUAAAGAAGGCUUCACACAUUACAAAGUUACCAAAGGGUAAACACAGCGUAAAAGGUUUGGGAAGAACUGCUCCAGACCCAAGAGCCACGACAUCUCUUAACGGUGUGGACGUUCCUUUGGGCAAAGGCAUCAAUACGAACAUUGAUGAUACAAGUCUGCUCUACAACGAGUAUAUUGUGUACGAUAUCGCUCAGGUUAACCUGAAAUACCUGCUGAAGAUUCGCUUUAAUUACCAGACCUCGCUCUGGUGAGACAACAGGUGACCUGGUCCAUCGUGUCCGGCAUGUGGACCGCUUUAACUGCUACAGCUUUAACAUCAAGACCAAGCAGUAUAUGGGUUGAAAAACGAUUAAAACAGUUAUUUAUCACUUCUGCGUCACCGUCCCAGCUGCUCUAGUUAGUUUAGAGUAAAGUAACUGACUAUUUCUAAAUGUUCAUUUGCAGUCCCUUUUCGAGGAGAAAUGUUGCAGGGCUUGGUUUUAUUUGACGUAUUGACAGAAAUGAUUCGACAUACCUGUGGAGAUCUUUCUUGUAAGCUACCAACAAUGUUAGGUAGACAGUCUUCCAUUUAAAGUAUUUUUUUUAUAGGUUUUGUUAAACCUGACAUCAGGUUGACUUUAACAGAUAUAUCUAGUAUACCAGCUUUUGUUUGUAUUAUCAGUGUUAAAAUGAGAAACUGUACAGUAUGAAAAUUGUAAGCUAGAAUGUAGGUAUGCUAUGAACGAGUUACCUUUUACUAGAAUGACUAAUGUCGACAUAGACAAACAUUUUUGUAUGUUAAGUACUGUCCAAGUUUUGCUUUUUAGUUAUCUGUCUCUUUACUACAAUGAAAAAUGUUUUGGCUAAAAUGGCAAUGAAAAUGUUAUGUGCAAUGGCUGCUGCUGUUCUUGUGCACCUGCGAUGUUGUUGUUUUUUUUGUAAACAUUGCUCUACAACGUUCUUUGAAGAAGAUGCUGACUGUGUCCUGAUGGAUGUCUUUGCAUCAGAAAUAAAACGGUUUUUGGCUUA